AUGCACGCUCUCCUCGGCGGUUUCCUCAGAUCCCCUCAGUUCAAAGCUCAAAUUACUCGGGAAACUCGAAGUGCAGUCCAACGUGCUUUGGCUUCCUGGAGGAUUACUGAUCUUGAUCAACAACAGCCUCAACCAGUUUAUGUUCAAGACGAAAGCAAGAAGAUUGCGUUUGAAGUUAUAGUCAGAACCCUGAUGAGCAUUGGCCCUGGUGAAGAUUUGAACUUCUUGAGAAGAGAAUUUGAAGAAUAUAUCAAAGGCUUCAUCUCUCUGCCCAUCAAACUUCCUGGAACCAGGCUGUACAAAUCUUUGAAGGCCAAAGGGAGAAUGAUUAAGGUGAUUAGAAGCAUUAUAGAGCAAAGGAAAAUUUCAAUCGAGAAGGAAAAUAACAAAAGAUCAUCAUCAUCAGAGGAGGGCUCCACAUCAAUACCCAAAGACAUAAUAGAUGUAUUAUUAAGAGAUACUCUAGAAUCAUCAGCCGACGAGACGCAGCCGCGGCUGCCGUUGGAUUCCAUCAGCGAGAACAUCAUAGAGAUGAUGAUCCCCGGAGAAGAAACUGUUCCGACGUCUCUGACACUGGCCGUCAAAUUCUUGAGUGACAGUCCUCUCAUUCUAGCCCGCCUGCUGGAGGAGAAUAUGGAGUUGAAGAAGCGGAAGGAACAAUCUGGUGAUGAAUAUGAUUGGACAGAUUACGUUUCGCUACCAUUUACUCAAAAUGUGAUCAGUGAAACUCUAAGGAUGGGCAACAUUGUGAAUGCAGUGUGGAGGGAAGCUGUAAAAGAUGUGACAAUUAAAGGUCAUUUUAUACCAAAAGGAUGGUGUGUCUUGGCAUCUUUUAGUUCUAUUCACAUGGAUGAAGCAAAUUAUGAAAACCCCUAUGAAUUCAAUCCCCACCGAUGGGAGAAAUCUGGAGCAAAUGUUAACAGCAACAAGUUUACCCCAUUUGGCGGUGGCCAGAGACUCUGUCCAGGAUUGGAACUUUCCAGACUGGAAAUCGCAAUAUCCCUUCAUCAUCUUGUUACGACAUACAGCUGGGUGGCUGAAGAUGAUGACAUCACAUAUUUUCCAUUUGUCAGAUUGAGACGGAAGCUCCCGAUCACCAUCACACCUCUUGUUGGUGCUAUAUGA